UUCGGCCGAUAAGAACGCCUUGCAGAAGAAGGCACGUGAGAGGCAAAAACCGAACUGCGAGUUGAAACUCGGAAAAUAUCACAAAAUGCCAAAAGUCAAGGCUGAGAAAAAGUAUCGACAGCACAGUCAGAGUGAACCAUACAAACAAGGUCUUCGCUUUCAAACCGAACAUGGACAACAUAUUUUAAAGAAUCCUUUGGUUAUAACCAGCCUGGUCGAUAAGGCAGGACUGAGAUCAACAGACACAGUGCUUGAGAUUGGCCCUGGUACUGGAAAUCUUACAGUCAAGUUGUUAGAGCAAAGUAAAAAGGUCAUAGCAUGCGAGCUUGAUCCAAGGAUGGUUGCCGAACUGCAAAAGAGAGUUCAAGGAACACCAUUGCAAAGUAAAUUAAGUGUGAUGGUUGGAGAUGUACUCAAGACGGAUCUGCCAUUUUUUGACGUUUGCGUUGCCAACUUACCAUACAAGAUCUCCUCUCCUUUUGUUUUCAAGCUCUUGCUACACAGACCAUUUUUUAGGUGUGCAGUCUUGAUGUUUCAGAGAGAGUUUGCUCAGCGUCUAAUUGCAAAACCAGGUGACAAGCUGUACUGCAGACUAUCCAUCAAUACCCAACUCCUCGCUCGGGUGGACCACAUCAUGAAGGUUGGUAAGAAUAAUUUCCGGCCUCCUCCAAAAGUAGAAUCCAGUGUUGUCAGAAUUGAACCAAAAAAUCCUCCACCGCCAGUCAAUUUUAAGGAAUGGGAUGGUCUUGUUAGGAUUGCAUUUGUGCGCAAAAACAAAACACUGUCAGCUUGUUUCAAUUCUAGACCAGUGCUUGAGGUGCUUGAAAAAAACUACAAAAUACACUGCUCAUUGAAUGGCAUUAUGGUUGAUAGUGACUUUGACAUGAAAGAGAAGAUACAACAGAUACUUAGUGAGAGUGAGAAUGACAAAAAGAGAGCACGGACCAUGGACAUCGAUGACUUCCUGGCAUUACUCACAUUAUUUAACUCAAAUGGUAUUCACUUUGCAUAGUUUUUAUGUUCAACAUGUUCGCAUUAUUGCUAUUAUAUUGUAAAUAUCAUUCAAAUAAAUGAAGUAAAUGGGGAA